AUGUCAAAGGAUGAUGUUACGGAGCUCCACUGCGUCGCUCGGAGCAAGACCGAGGCGAGAGGGUCCGAGCGGUUCCCCGAGAAGGAGAAGGAACUCAUGGACACCUGGGUGAGAAUGCUCGAACAAGUGCAGCACGUGAGCGGCAACAAGGCCGUCGAGAUCGCUGCGCAUUACCCUCUCCCCCGCGACCUGGUGGCCGCCCUGUCGGACCCAUCCGUGCCAGAAGCGGAUAGGGCCGGCCUGCUGCAGAGGAAGAUGGGCAGCAGCUCGGAGCAGAGGAAGUGCGCGCGGCGGGUGUUUGAACUCUUCACCCAGGAGGACGGAGAUUUCGUGAUCGAUUGAAACGGUUGGCAGCAGCUGGACUUGCGGCACUCGCAGUGUGCCUCCGCCGCCGCCGCCGCUGCCGCUGCCGCCGCUCCUAAAAAGCGGAAGGAUAAAAUCAAUUUUUCGUGGUAAUGGCUGCUUUGGGAUACGUUCUUGUUUGCCUUGUCUUUGCGACGAAACUACUGUAGGCGCCGCGCAAUCACCUGUGCCGGGCGUCUGAAGCCUCGAAACAGCGUGUGUGUGCAGAUAUGUUCACGGUGAAGGCUACGGGGCAUGGCGACCGCUCGACGUUCACAAACGCGGAGCAACGUGUUACGUGCUGUAGUUUUUGUGUUGUCCACAUGGGCGACCUUGUCUGUGGUUUCUUCGCCUGGUCCGCCCUAAACGCCUGACCUGGCCUCGACUGUCUCUCCUUCCGUGCCGUUAACGCUUCGCUUGUUGAUGCGGUCAUGUGUUUGUAGGGUUGCACAUCUCGGUGUCCACGUGUGUAUGGUGAGACAAAUGCCUCUUAAAUGUCAGUAACAAAGAAGUGCUUCCUGUGGAGGCUUCGCGCUUUCGAAGGCCGUAGUAAUGAGAAUGUUUGAUAACAAAAGCAGCUCCUUCGUUUGGAGGCUUCGUGCUUUCGAAGGCCGUAGUAUUGCCAACGUUUGGAGUGCGAACCGUAGCCGGCAAGCCGUCCUCGUGUAGAACAUGGUACGUGGUGGUGAACUUCCGCGUGCCCCGAGUAAACCGACGCUCCGGGCUGAUACUUAUCGAACGCUGGUAGCUUGUUUUUUGCGAGGGUAGGCCCUGUUAUGUGUGUGUGAUUCUUGUUUUUUGUGCUUUGUUUAGCCAUCACAUGCGCAUGUUCAAGUGGUUUGCCAAUCCGGUGUUUCUGGAGAGAGUGGUGAUAUGUACGACCGAUUCGGCGUUGAUACAUGGGCGUUGUGCCUGUAUUUUUACUUCGUGGCUGUGGCAAUCAAGCACACCCGCUCUCGUUCAA